AUGGUGGAUCUCAUUUUUGCAAUGCUCAACUACAAAAAAGUUUUGGAGCACUAUAAUGUGAGGCACAAGGUGGCUACACCCUAUUACCCUCAAACCAAUGAGCAGGCUGAGCUUGUCUAUGGUAAGGUUUGUCAUCUCCCAGUAGAAUUGGAGCAUAAAGCAUAUUGGGCUUUGAAAGCAUUGAACUAUGACUUGAAGGCUGCAAGGGAGAAAAGAAAGGUUCAACUGCAUGAACUAGAGGAAAUGAGAUUGCAAGCUUAUGAAUCUUCUAAGUCAUACAAGCACAAAGCUAAAUUGUACCAUGACAAGAAAAUUCUGAACAGGAACUUUCAACUUGGGCAACAAGUCUUACAGUUUAACUUCCUUUUCCCUGGAAAGCUCAAAUCUAAGUGGUCAGGCCCCUUCUCAAUCAAGUCAGUUAAAUCAUAUGGGACUAUUGAGCUUGAAGAUCCUGCCACUAGAAGUACAUGGGUGGUGAGGUUGAAAGACUCACUUCCAUCACUCAUUUGA